AUGGCGUCCACCCUGACGAGGCAGCGUCCCGUGGACCGGUCCCAGGGGUUGACGGAGUCCCGGAGUUUCCCACCGAGUGUCCUGUCUUCUGUUCAACACACGGCAGUUUCCUCCCCUGACGCAGGAUCCGAAGAGGAGCCGACAUUUUUUGAAAGGCCACCUCCACCUCCACCACCCCCGCCGCCUCCACCACCUCCACCACUCCCAGCAUCUUCCCAAAACUCCUCCCAAGCGGACCAAUCUUCGGGGGGGCCUCGGAAGGACGAAGAGAAGGUCUCCGCUUCCCCCUGCGAGAACCUGGAAGGAGCUGCUCCUGUCGAUGUGCCCGAGGACCACGUCAGGUUCACGGCGAUCAAGGACGAUCGGUUGACGAUUGAUGGAUCCACCAGGAGGCCUCGGGCGACCACCAGGGACCACUACACCUCGAGAAGGACUAGUUGGCGUAGGUCAAGGGAGCCGAGGGUCCGAGAGGAGCAGAUCGUCACCCCCAGGGGCUCCGAAAGCGUCGCCCUCAGGAGGGAGGUCCUGGGAGGCACCAGGAUCUCUCCCAGCACCAUCGACAGGGUCUUCGACAACAGCAACAGGAGGCGUUAUGGCAUGGGCAUCGUCGGUCGCUUCUUCGGGAGGUCCUUCCGGAAGAACGUCUCGCACAAGCCGGACUUGAAGAAGCAGCUCGACGACGUCGAGGACCACAGGCCUUACUUCACCUACUGGAUCACAACCGUGCAAAUCCUGGUUCUAAUAAUUUCCCUAGCCUGCUAUGGAUUUGGCCCGAUCGGGAUCGACCAGAAUCAGAGAUCUGGACUGGUCCUCGUGACGAGUCUGUCCUUGCAACAGGUGGACUACCAGGAGCCGGCCAAUUUUUGGAUCGGCCCUAGAGCGGCGGAUUUAAUUCACCUGGGGGCAAAAUUUGCUCCCUGUAUGAGGAGGGACAUCAAGAUCCUGAAGGAGAUCGACAUCUGGAGGGAACGAGAAAGGGAUACAGCCUGCUGCAUCAGGAACGACGAUUCUGGAUGCGUUCAGUCCAGCAAAGCCGACUGUUCAGAAAGGAGGGAAUUAUCGAUAAUUCCGGAAAGUGCGUCUAGUAUGAAUUUGCUUCUCUUUUCAACCCAACUGAUCCGGGGACUGAGAUCGACCCUCACGAACACGAUAUCGACCUGGAAGAAGUGGGGACCAGGAGACAGUGGACCCGGAGGCAGAAUAAGCGGUUCCGUUUGCGGCCUGGACCCGAAAUUUUGCGACGCUCCUGCAAGCAUCGCCCCUUACGAGUGGCCGGACGACAUCACAAAAUGGCCAAUUUGUCGGAAAACCAAUCCCUUCAGCCAAAGAUUUAGGUAUCCAUAAUUGAACGACAAGAUGGCGGAGCACAUGGUCUGCGAGGUCAUAGGCCAUCCCUGUUGCAUCGGCAUCCACGGGAUGUGCAGGAUCACCACGAAGGAGUAUUGUGACUUUGUCCACGGGUAUUUCCACGAGGAAGCUUCUCUCUGCUCCCAGGUGGAGUGUCUUCACGACGUUUGCGGGAUGAUUCCUUUCUUGCAUCCCGAAUGGCCGGAUCAGUUCUACAGGCUUUUCACCACGACGUUCCUUCACGCGGGAAUUUUCCACCUGGCGAUCACUUUGGUGGUCCAGUAUUUCCUGAUGAGGGACCUGGAGAAGCUUACGGGAUCCCUGAGGAUCGCGUUGAUUUAUUUCAUCGGAGCUUUAGCUGGGAAUCUGGCCAGUGCGAUUUUCAUCCCAUACAGAGCAGAGGUGGGACCAGCAGGGGCUCAUUUCGCGCUGUUGGCUACCCUGGUGGUGGAGGUGCUGCAUUGCUGGCCGAUGUUGAAGCACCCUCGAAGAGCUUUGUCGAAGCUGCUGGGGAUCCUGGGAGCCCUUCUAGUCCUUGGAGUGCUUCCCUGGGUGGACAACUACGCACACCUCUUUGGGUUCGUCUUCGGGUUCCUCGCGGCGUACGCCUUGAUGCCCUUCGUCUCCUUCGGGCACUACGACCGGCGCAGGAAGAUCCUUUUAAUCUGGGUCUGCCUGGUCCUGAUCCUUGGCCUCUUUGCCUUGCUUCUGGCUCUCUUCUACAACGUACCGGUCUACGAGUGCGAGCUAUGCAAGCUCUUCAACUGCAUCCCCUUCACCAGGGACUUCUGCGCCUCGCAGAACAUCACCUUCAUGAGAGAAGAGCCGACCUGGGUACUCAGGAUGGUUUUGGGUAGACCUGGAUACCCAGGAUGGUUUUGGGUAGACCUGGAUUGGGUGGACCUGGAGAGUGAGAUACAGGAAAGUCCUGGAAAAUAG